CUGGGGAGCGGGGCCCGGGCGGGCCGGGGGCUCCGGUGCGCGGCCGGCGCUGCGGGGCCGCCUGCGGCAAAUGCCGGCUCCGCUCGGGCGCCGUCAGCGAGCAGCGCUGCUGCUGCUCGGGAAAAGAGCUCCAGCCUCACGGGGAGCGGGGCUCGGCAGAGCCGCUGAGCGCCGGGCUGCGCGGCCGCAGCUGCCCUGCCUGCAUGGAUGGAUGGAUGGAGGGAUGGAGGGAUGGCAGGCAGCGGGCUGGCUCUUUUGGCCGGUAACCACUCAUCACCUGCCGGCCCGCCCCACGGGGUGCUGCUGGUGUCUGCCUGGCCUUUAGGUGGCUUUGGCACAUGGCGCCUUGUCGCCACAAUUGUCCCUCCCGGGCUUGGGGAGUGGCGACACCUGGUCAUCCGGAUCUUCCCUGGUGGAGGGCUUGUGCUGCCUGGCUCAGGUGCUCGCAGCCAUGUGUGUUUCUGCUGUGGGUUAGCUCUGGAUCAUGUUUUUGGCAGGGCACGAGGGUCUUUUAAGGGCUCCCAGGGGAGAGUCUGGAACGUGGCACACUGUAUGUGCCUGAGAUGGGAACCUGAAAGUUGAAUGUCGUGACAGAAGUCGUUAGAAACGCGUGACUUGUGUUUUGUUUCCAUCAACAAGAUGGACUCGGGUUUCUGGUGUUGUGGAGCCGUUGGGAACAGUUGAAAAAGCCUAAUUUCAGCAACUUCUUCAGCUGGAAGCUUUCGUUUAUCACAACUUCCUCCAGCUCCCAGGCCCUGCCUGUGUGAGCAGUAAUAGCAAGGGUGCAAGGAUCUCAUAUCCCUUUGCCAGCAUGCAAGAGUUACAACACCCCUCAUGAGUUACAGGCUGUGCUGGUGCAUGUCAGAAAGCUGAAACAUGGAGGAUUUGUUGUUUGGUGUUGUGCAGCAAACAGUGGUCGGGUUUGGGAGCAGAGCUGUGCACGGUGCUGGUUUUCAGGCUUUUCCUCUAACCACUGAAUAUACGGUUUCCCACCAGGUAGUUCCCCAGGCAAUACUGUGAACUUGCCUAGGAGCUGAUUGGAAGUUCCCACCAAAGUUCCUGAGUCUCCCAUCAGAUGCUUUUCUUGCUCUGUGGUGUCUCUCUGUGGUGAUUCUGUUUUACUCCCAGAAUGAGGAAUGGCUUUACAUUUAUUUUUCUCUUGAGUUGCUUUGCCUGAACUCCUCUUUCCCUCCCUCUGGCUAUUGCUUCUGGUGGGAUCUAAGGUUCUGCUGAGCCUGAAUGAUGGCAGAUUGCUCUGAGGUCCUUCUGGAGCUGGGAGCCCCAAAACCUGCAGCCUGUUUUUAUCUCCACAUGUGCAUUCUGCUUUCCUAUCUCUUCUCCUGCUGACAACCCCUUUCAUCAUCAGCCCUGUGCACAAACAAGGUUAUCCCCAGUUCAGAUCACAUUAGUGUAGUUCUGCUUCCAUUGCUUGUCCCUGUGAGCCUGUUUUGUGGGAGCGUGUGUGUGUGAGGUGGGCAUUGAACAAUUUAAAAGCUCAAAGGAGUCUUUAUUUCAUUAAGGGAAGGGCCCAAGCCAGGGCAUUCUUUAGCCCCAGUGGUUGUUUAAAGCUUGAUCCUUGUCGUUUCCACAUAACCAGAACAAAUCCAUGGAUGGUAGGAAAAUCCAUGAUUCUCCAGUGAAAUCUUGCUGCCCAGAAGAUGCUGAUUUUUGUUAAUUAACUGCUGGUUUCUAUCAGCACCUCUGCUAGGGAAUGGGAUGCUCCGUAGGAUCUCAGAGGCCUGAAGAGUUUGGUAUGGGCAUUGUCAUCCCUUGCCAGGGACAGUGCAUGGUACAGCUGCAUCCAUCUGAUGGUUUGUGUAAGUAAAAGUCAGAUUAAUCAGGGCUUAGGAAUACCUAAGCAAAGGCAUUGUCCAAGCAGCAUAACUGUGUCUGGUGUGUAGAGUUGGAUGAACAAUGAACUGCUGGUGAAAGAAUGAGUGAAUCAGUGCAGACAGCUGUGUGGCAGGACAGGAGAGAUCAAUAUACAAAAUGGAAGCUGAUAAUAUGAAAAAGCUUUAUUUCAUUUUUAUAUUUGGUGGAGGUAGAAGUCAUAGGAUGGUAAACCAAAUAAAGGGAAUUCAAAUAUUCUAAACUCGGGUUGGAGGAAGAUAAAAAGCCAGGCUCUCCAUUUUAGGGGUUGUUCAGUGCUUGAAUGGUUUUCCACAUUUUCUGAGGGGUCCCCAGUGUCUUCCUGCCUGGUUCAUGGCCUGAGUUUGACACUUGUGGGUGCGUUGAAGGAGGAACCAGAGACAGAGCUGGGGUGCAGCCCUGUCCCAGGAGCUGAAGGAGAGCAGAGAUGGCCCCAUGGCACAGCUGAGACCCGGAUCCUGUUUUACAGGAGGCUGCUGGAAGCUGUGAUGGAAACAUCAGUGGGCACAGCAGCAGGGUCUGACCUGUUACACCGAAGGGAAGCAGCUCCAGCCUGGUUCUGUGUGUGCUGGAGUGGCAGGCCCUGGGUGCGAGUCCCCAGCAAACCCUGCCAGGGGGAGCCCCCCUCUCCCAAACCCCCACGGGCAGGCAGUUUGACACACUUACCUGCUGCAGGAUUCUUCCCAAUCUGUCUUGAAGGGCAAUUUGGGGUUACUUUUACUGUCAGUCAGUGCUCAAAUGACUUGUCUGAAGUGUGGACUUGUUUUACCCUGUGACCCCAACCAGAAAACCAAGACCCAGCUCAAACCUCUCUCAGAGCACACCGAAGUGCUGUGAGAGCUCAGAGCUGGUUCAGCUGUGCCCAGUGUACUGAUGGUGUGCUAAAGCCAUGUCAGACACGUGUGUACCUCAAAAUUCCGGGGUCUCCUCCCCCAGCCAAAGCCAUGCCUGCAAUGAAAGUGGCUUCCUGCAGUCUCCCACGCAGCACAUCACCUGUGAGCUCUGCGCUGCUCAUUUCCUAUAAGCUCGAGAGGUAUUUUGGUACUCCUGGGGUUUGUAAUUUUGCAAUUUGUUUGUGGGUGUUGGAGCUUCCGUGUCUGUCUGGUGCUGCAGCCUCGCAGAGGAACGCUGCUCCAGGCCUGAUCUUGCUGCUUUCUCUUUUGCCUUUUCCUCUCCAAAGCAGUUGCAUGUUGUAAACAGCAGAGCUGCGGUUGAUAAACCUCACAAGAGGAAAUUUGUGUUAGUAGGUUUUAUGUUGGCUGCUGGCCUGUUAAAUACUGGCUGGGUGGUUUCAGAUGUGCACCCUGACACUCUGCACAAAUUCACCUUGCCUCAGAUUCCUCACCUGUGUUCCCUCCUGCAGCUGAUGCUGUGCCUCUACUCUCUACAAGGCAUCCAGUAAAAUUGAGGUUUUGUUUCUGUCCCAGUCCAUGGACUCCUCCCAUGUGGGCAUCAGCUCUGCCUUGGCCAGCUCCCCUCUUUGCUGAAGAUACACAUUUAUUACCUGCACACUAAAUACUGCAAGGGGAAGCCUCAGGGAGGGGAGAGCAGCCUGUAGCUUUCCUGCAGUGUAGGGAAUAAAACUGAGGCAGAGGGCACAGGGGAAGUUGUGGACCUGCCUUCAUCUAAAAAGUGAAAUUUUGUCUCGUGGUUAUUUUCCUCUGCCACUUUUACUGCCCAGUGAUGAAGAGGUCUGGGCUUUAAAAAUUGUCAAUUAUAUUGGAGAAUUUUUUUUUUUUUUGGAAGACUGCUGCAGUGAAAGACAGAGAGUAUAUCUCAAAUUACUCCAGUAGUGUAAACCCUGCCAAAAAGGAGUGAUGCUGCACUUGGCCGUUCACAAAUGGCAGAACAACCCAGAGAAAAGGGAAUUGUAAUUACUUGUACACAUGAGGUGCAAACAAAGUUGGAGAACUGAGUUCAGUUUCCCAAGGCAAAGGGGAAGAGGGAAGUCAGGCAGUGCAGAGUACCCAUCCAUGCAGAGCUGGCCUCAUGUAAGAGCUGUCACAUCAGAUCUGAGCUCCAACAAGUAGAACAUUCUGAAUUUAGCAAUGGGAAGGGGAGAGACUUGGUGAAUGAUGUAUUAGAAAUGAUGAAAGUCCAGAGUUAUUCUUCCUUUGGUAUAUUCACACUAGGAAAAAAUCCUGAAUCCUCUAAAUCAGGGAGUUUGGAAAGACAAGGGGCUGAGCUUGAACUGACACUGUAGUGCUCCUGGCUUAGGCAGGCCCUUCAUAUUCUCUGGGAUGUGGUGCCAGAUAGAAAUCCUUAGCAGGAGGAAGCAGCUCAGCCUUGGCUGUGUCUCUGUCUCUGCUGGUCAGUAGAGUUGUGGCAGUUUGCUGAUUCAGGCUGAGGUAGCAGACACACCAGAAACCUGCUGUUUUCAGUGUUGAUGGGCAGAGAACAAGGCCAGCUUGUUCUGCUUUAUUCAAACUCGUAAGCCUCGCCUCCUCCCCCUCUGCUGCCCUCCCUGCAGGGCCCGGGGUGGUUUGUGGUGAUGCAGCCUGUGUGCUGAGGAAGCAGGACAGAUAAAGCACAGCUCAUGUUUCUGGGAAUCCUGACCUCACUGCUGACAGGGAAGUGGUGUGCUCCAGGAGCUGGCAGAUAAGAUGCUGGGCUCCUUGUGCUCGCUGGAGCCCAGGGCUGGCUCCUGAGGAGCUGCCAGCAGGACUCUGUGCUCUGGGAAUCAGCUGCACUUUGCUCAGCUUCUUCCAAAGUCUCCACAGCCACGGCUGCAGAGCUGCGUUACUGGAACUGAGCUCUGGAAAAACAAAGUGGAGCUUGGAGCAUGUGGCCUGAGGAUUGCCUUACACAGCCAGGGGUGGUAGCUAAGCAGUGAGCAGGAUGCCCCCAGGCAUUUACUGCCCUACGGAAUUCUGGUCCAAGGGGGAAAACCAAAACAUCCAGGUGGACUUUUUACUGCCCACAGGCAUAUACCUAAACCUCUCAGUGCCCUGCAAUGCCAGCCUGGGCACCAUCAAGCAGGUGCUCUGGAAGCACGCGCAGUAUGAGCCGCUGUUCCACAUGCUCAGCGACCCCGAGGCCUACGUGUUCACCUGCAUCAACCAGACGGCCGAGCAGCAGGAGCUGGAGGACGAGCAGCGCCGCCUCUGCGACAUCCAGCCCUUCCUGCCCGUCCUGCGCCUCGUGGCGCGCGAGGGGGACCGGGCCAAGAAGCUCAUCAACUCCCAGAUCAGCCUGCUCAUCGGCAAAGGUUUGCACGAGUUUGACUCCGUGCAGGACCCGGAGGUGAGCGAGUUCCGUGCCAAGAUGUGCCAGUUCUGCGAGGAGAAGGCGGCCCAGCGGCAGCAGCUCGGCUGGGCAGCGUGGAUGGAGUGCAACUUCCCCCUGCAGCUGGAGCCCGCUCCCAAGGGCCUCAGCUCCCUGCAAAUCCCCACCAAGAACAUCUUUGUCAACGUCAGGUUCCAGUCUGGCGGGGAGAGCUUCAUGUUCCAGAUCUCCCCCUGGGAGUUCCCCAUCACCCUAAUGGGCUAUGCCAUUAAGAAACAGGCCACCGUGCUCCGCCCCGAGACCGUGCAGAAGCCAGAGGACUACACCCUGCAGGUGAAUGGGAAAUGUGAAUAUCUCUAUGGGAACUACCCCCUGUACCAGUUCCAGCACAUCCGCAGCUGCCUGCAGCGGGGCCUGACCCCCCAGCUGACCAUGGUGCACUCCUCUGCCAUCAUUGCCAUGAGGGACGAGCAGACCAACUGCAUCACCAGCCCCCCAAAGGCCGCCUCCAAGCCCCCCCCGCUCCCCAAGAAAAAGCCAAACUAUGGCUCCCUCUGGUCCUUGGAGCAGCCUUUCUACAUCGAGCUGGUGCAAGGCAGCAAGGUCAAUGCGGACGAGAGAAUGAAGCUGGUGGUGCAGGCGGGGCUGUUCCACGGCAGCGAGAUGCUGUGCAAGACCGUGUCGAGCUCGGAGGUGAGCGUGUGCUCGGAGCCCGUGUGGCGGCAGCGCCUGGCCUUCGACAUCAGCGUGUGCGACCUGCCGCGCAUGGCCCGCCUCUGCCUCGCGCUCUACGCCGUCGUCGAGAAGGCCAAGAAGGCUCGCUCCACCAAGAAGAAGUCCAAGAAAGCUGACUGCCCCAUCGCCUGGGUCAACGUGAUGCUCUUCGACUACAAGGACCAGCUGAAAACAGGGGAGUGCUGCCUGCACAUGUGGUCCUCCUUCCCAGAUGAGAAAGGGGAACUUCUGAACCCCAUGGGCACAGUGCAGUGCAACCCCAACACAGAGAGUGCAGCAGCCUUGGUCAUCUGCUUCCCCAGCGUGGCAGCACAUCCUGUGUACUACCCAUCCUUUGAGCAGCUGCUGGAGCUGGGGAGGAAUGGAGAACAGCCCCGAGCUGCCCCAGAAGAUUCUGAGGAGAAGCUGCAGCUGAAGGAGAUCCUGGAGCGGAGGAGCCACACGGAGCUGUACGAGCACGAGAAGGACCUGGUGUGGAAGAUGAGGUACGACAUCCGUGACCAGUACCCGCAGGCCCUGGCCAAGCUGCUCGUCAUCACCAAGUGGAACAAGCACGAGGAUGUUGCCCAGAUGAUUUCCCUGCUUCAGACCUGGCCAGAGUUGCCUGUCCUGAAUGCCUUGGAGCUGCUGGAUUUCAGCUUUCCUGACCGUUAUGUUGGUUCCUUUGCUAUCAACUCCCUGAAGAAGCUGACGGAUGAUGAUGUGUUCCAAUACCUGCUGCAGCUGGUCCAGGUGCUCAAGUAUGAAUCCUACCUAGACUGUGAAUUGACCAAGUUCCUGCUGGAAAGGGCAUUAUCCAACCGCAAGAUCGGCCACUUCCUCUUCUGGCAUCUGAGGUCAGAGAUGCACGUGCCCGCAGUUUCCCUGAGGUUUGGGCUGAUCCUGGAAGCCUACUGCCGGGGCAGCACCCACCACAUGAAGGUGCUGAUGAAGCAGGGAGAAGCACUGAACAAGAUGAAAGCUCUGAAUGACUUUGUGAAAGUGAGUUCUCAGAAGGCCACCAAGCCUCAAACCAAGGAGAUGAUGCACAUGUGCAUGAAGCAGGAAACCUACAGGGAAGCCCUUUCCCACCUCCAGUCCCCCCUGAACCCCAACAUUAUCCUCGCUGAAGUUUGUGUGGAUCAGUGCACCUUCAUGGACUCCAAAAUGAAACCUUUGUGGAUUGUGUUUAAUAGUGAAGAGACAGGUGGAGGUGGAGUGGGUAUAAUUUUUAAAAAUGGAGAUGAUCUGCGCCAGGACAUGCUGACUCUGCAGAUGAUCCAGCUGAUGGACAUCCUGUGGAAGCAGGAGGGCCUGGACCUGAGGAUGACCCCUUAUGGCUGCCUCUCCACAGGAGACAAGACGGGGCUGAUUGAGGUGGUCAUGCACUCGGACACCAUCGCCAACAUCCAGCUCAACAAGAGCAACAUGGUGGCCACGGCUGCCUUCAACAAGGACGCUCUGCUCAACUGGCUCAAGUCCAAGAACCCGGGAGAUGCCUUGGACCAAGCCAUCGAGGAGUUCACCCUGUCCUGUGCUGGCUACUGCGUGGCCACCUACGUGCUGGGCAUCGGGGACCGGCACAGCGACAACAUCAUGGUCCGGGAGACGGGGCAGCUGUUCCAUAUUGAUUUUGGUCACUUUUUGGGGAACUUCAAGACUAAAUUUGGUAUUAACAGAGAACGAGUCCCUUUCAUCUUAACCUACGACUUUGUGCAUGUCAUCCAGCAAGGAAAAACUAACAACAAUGAGAAGUUUGAAAGGUUCAGGGGUUACUGUGAAAGGGCCUACAUGAUCCUGCGGCGCCACGGGCUCCUCUUCCUGCACCUCUUUGCACUGAUGAAGGCUGCUGGGCUGCCAGAGCUCAGCUGCUCCAAAGACAUCCAGUACCUAAAGGACUCCCUGGCCCUUGGGAAAACUGAUGAGGAGGCACUGAAGCACUUCAGAGUGAAGUUUAACGAGGCCCUGCGGGAGAGCUGGAAAACCAAAGUGAACUGGCUGGCACACAACGUCUCCAAAGACAACAGGCAGUAGAGCAGGAGCUGCCCCUGCCCAGGAGAACAGAGCAGCCCCAGCCCAGCCCUGACAGACAGUGGUGCAAUGUGCAAGAUCCCCCACCUCGUUGCCAGAGAUCACACAUUGCUGCAUGACUGAAAACCUGUCGGCCUGUCCUCGGCCACACCACCGUGGCUGCUGUACCUCUGUGGGGACAAGGGAGAGGCGUGAGGCAAUAAAACUACUGCAUACAGUGAAGGUGGGUAGAGGUACUGUACCCCUGAGAACUCCUUCAGCUUCAAAUCCAUGUUUCAGUGGAAGAGUCGAGGCAGUUGUAACGCCCCUCCCGUGUGCUAAUGUCUGUAUUUCUAUUUCCUUGGAAAUUUAGCUGAGCAGUGGUCCCCCCAUGCCUGCAGCCUAUCUAGGACAGCACUGUUACAGCUCAGAGGCAUUACCUUCAGCAUGUGGUCACUCCUGCCCUGUGUCAGUGUCCACUGAGGUGGGUCAGCUCAAAGCACACCAAAGCUGACUUGGACAAUGGUUUUACUCUGCCUUGAGACAGCAUAAAAGCAUCCACGCUGUCACAUUGCUUUCUGUCUGCUCCAGAGGCUGAAGUGUUCUGAAACUGAGCUGGAACUCAGCUACUGCUGUCUAGAACUGAUGGCACAAAAGCAGCUCUGAGGUGGCCACUGGAUCAGGUACUUUGCUUUCCAAAGUUAGGCUUUAGUUGAGCCUCAAGUAAUUCCUGCAUUUCUGCAUUUAUUUUGGUUUCAAACCUGAAAACGCUAAGAUUGCAUUUUCAAAUUAAAGUACUUACUGCUUUUCAUAAAAGACGUUAAGCUGUGAGGUCUGUUCUGGUUUGGAUCUGUUCAUACAAACCCUGUUGCCUCUCAAGCACCUGUUGGUAGAAGCAGCAGUUCUGGCAUAGAAGACACCUCAUUUUAAUUUAAUUUAACCCUGGGAGAGCCCCUUUUCCUACACCUUCAGAUGAUACUGUGACUGAAGCACUCAGGCUCUAACAGCUGCUUUGGUACUGGAGGGAAAUCCUGCAGGAUUCAGAGCCCUAUGCAGGCUGAUCAGUGAGAAAGAGUCCUGUGCCUCUGCUCCAUUUUAGAGAGUAAAUAUUGCUAUUUCCUUGCUUAUUAAACUAAUUUACAGAGCAAAAAGUAUGCAAAAAAAAAGUCUUGGGCCCUGUGCAAGGGGAGAUGCACUGAAACUACAGCCCCGAUCAGGUUCUUGUGGAAGGGCAGACACUACAGUUCCAGAGCUGCAGAAGCAAUUCUCUUGCAGUGCCAGAGCCUGGGGGUCAGGUGCUGCAGCACUGGCCCCCUGCCCUCCUCAGGCCCUCUCAGCAGAAAGGCCAGGCCCUCACAGACUGCAGAGCAGUGGCUCUGUCCUGUCCCUCACUUUGAGAAGUGCAAUAACACGAAGGUGUAGCAGUAUCAACUGCAAGAACUGAGCACAGUUUUACAGAGCUUACUUAGUCUGGAAAACUUGACUUACCCAGGAGCAGUAAACAUUCAGUGAGUCAGCGUGCAGACCUUCUUCUUGUACACCCUGGGAGGGUACCUUGGAGAAAUCUCUGACAGCUCUGUUGGGUCAGCAAAGAGCCUUUGACUCCAAAUUCACAAAGCAGCAGCUCACCUGAUGGUUUUCAGCAAGCUGAACUGUACUAAAGAUUGAAACUUAGAUAAUUUUCAAAAAUGUUCCAUUUCAUUACAAGUGGCUUCUCAUUUUUAUGAAUAUGCUCAGAAUGAUAGACCUAUUUCUAUUUAUUUAGAGAUGUUUCUGUCAUUGGUUUUUUUUAAUUCUGUACAAAUGGAUUGUGCUUAUUCUGUUGCCUUUGAAAAAGAAGUAUUUUUUUAAGCCAAACCGUGGUUCUGCAAGAAGAGAAUGUUUACAUGUUUAGCUUUUCAGUUGUGUUAAGCACAUGUUUUGUAAAUAAGAAAUAAAAGAUAUUGACAAAUUGUACACAAAUGCUGCCAAGUCCUUCUGUGCUUGAGAGCAAUGACCACAACACUCUCCUACUCCCCCAGCACAGGCAAAGUAAGGCAGUUUAUAGAACUGGAUUCUAUUUUGUUUCACUCAGGAAAAUAAAAAAUGCAAACAACCUUUAGAACCAGAAAUUUAUUGUAGCUUAUAGACUUUCCAAACUGACCUGUUACCAAUAUACACAUCUGAAAAGUUAUACCCACAGUGGCUACAAACUGCAUCAGGACAUGACAACCCCUCAGUAUUACCAUUAAGUCAUGAUCAGUUUUGGUCUAAAAUACAGCAGCUACAGCAACAGUAUAUGGAAGGAUAAGUCUUCUACACAUUAACACAGGACAACUGUCAGACAUAAGUUAAAAGUUUCCCAGUUUACUUAAAACUAGCAGUUAAUUACCACGUAAGUAGUCAAAACCAUUUUCCAUUUUAGAAAUCUAAAAUUUUACAUUAAAAAAAAAAAAA